AUGACGAAAUUGAGCAUCAUAACCAAUAUCAGCCUGACUACCCUUCCCAUGAUGGAUGCUGCCCUGGAUCAUUACUAUAACCCUAAUUACACUUACUCUUCUUUCCCAAGUGACGGUAUCAAUUAUGAGAAUGUUUCAGAAGAGAUUUCAUCUCAUAAUACCACUGGUAAUGGAAGAGAAAAGAGUAUUGUUGAUAAUGUAGUUAUUAGUAUCUCCAUAUGGGUCAUCUGCAUUUUCGGAGCCGUGGGGAACGGGAUUGUCAUCUGGCUUCUUGGCUUCCGCAUUAAGAGGAAUCCUUUCAGCACCUACAUCUUGAACUUGGCCAUCGCUGAUUUGGGGGUCCUUCUCUCAGUUACAUUUAUAGCUGUUGAUUUGUGGAUUGCAUUUCUUUAUGAUUUUCCCAUUGCGUUCCCAGUGUUCUUGUUCCUAUUCCUAUCAACGUACAGCACUAGUCAAUUUCUGCUCAUGGCUAUCAGCAUUGACAGGUGUGUGGCCGUCUUCUUCCCACUUUGGCAUCGAUGCCACCGGCCACCGCAUUUGUCCACCAUUGUGUGUGCACUGAUUUGGGUCCUCUCCUUCCUGCUUACUACAAUUACCUACACUCUCAUAUAUCUUAAUUUACAUGAAAGAGAGAUUGAAGAGUAUUACCAGUUUAUUGCGAAUGCCCUGCUUUGCCUCCCAGUCAUGACGAUUGCCACUCUGGCCCUUUUCAUCAAAGUCUGUUUGAAAGCACAACAGCAUCGGAAGGGGAAGCUUUUGACCAUCGUCUUGCUCACUCUUCUCUUCUUCCUCCUCUUUGCUUCCCCACUGAAUGUCAUGUUCAUCCUCCACAUUUUCAAUUACUUACCAUCGUACGCAUUUCACGGUGCAACUGUAUUAGCCUGUUUAAAUAGCAGUGUAAACCCAGCUAUUUAUAUCCUGGUUGGGAGACAAGGGAAGUCUAGACAGAGGGAGAACAUGAAGAUAGUCUUCCAGAAGGUUUUCAAGGAGGAAGAAAGCUGUACUGAGGGAACCCCAGUUGAAACCCAGUUAUGA